UGUGCCGUGCUGUACCGGGCCGAACCGGGCCGAACCGCUCCGUGCCGCCCCGCAGAGCACACGUACGGCGAGGUGAACCAGCUGGGCGGAGUGUUCGUGAACGGGCGUCCGCUGCCCAACGCCAUCCGGCUGCGCAUCGUGGAGCUGGCCCAGCUCGGCAUCCGGCCCUGCGACAUCAGCCGCCAGCUCCGCGUGUCGCACGGCUGCGUCAGCAAGAUCCUGGCCCGCUACCACGAGACGGGCUCCAUCCUGCCCGGGGCCAUCGGCGGCAGCAAGCCGCGGGUCACCACGCCGGCCGUGGUCAAGCACAUCCGCGACUACAAGCAGGGCGACCCCGGCAUCUUCGCCUGGGAGAUCCGCGACCGCCUGCUGGCCGACGGCGUGUGCGACAAGUACAACGUGCCCUCGGUCAGCUCCAUCAGCCGCAUCCUGCGCAACAAGAUCGGCCCGCUGGCCCCCGCGGGCCCGCCCGCGCCCGCGCUGCCCUGCGCGCACCUCUACCAGUGCCCGUACCCCGGAGCGGCCAAGGCCGGCCCGCACCCCCCCGCGCCCCUCGCCGCUCCCCCGGUGCCGCUGCCCCGCUCCUGGCCCUCGGCGCACUCCGUCUCCAACAUCCUGGGCAUCCGCAGCUUCGUGGAGCAGGCGGGGGCUCUGGCUGGCACCGAGGGGGCUGCGUACCCCCCAAAAAUGGAGGAGUGGCCCAGCGUGAGCAGGAGCGGCUUCCCCGGGCCGGGCCAGGCGGUGAACGGGCUGGAGAAAGCCGCGAUGGACGGCGACAUCAAAUACCCGCAGCCCGGCGCGGGGCUCUCCUCCAUGGGCACCUUCCUGCCGGCCUGCGCUUACCCCCCCUCCAGCCAGCCCGGCGUCUACGGCGGCUCCCCCGGCGCCUACAUCGCCCCGGGCCCCCACUGGCAGCCUCAGGGGACCCCCCUGGGCCACCACGGCCACGGCGUCACCGGCCCCGGCGGCGAGCUGGCCACGGCCUUCAAGCAGCCCGGCAGGGAAGGGCUGGACAGAAAACCCCCCAGCCCCGCGGGGAAAGCUCCGGAGCCCCUGAGCGCCAUCCACGGAAUCUCCAUCCCGACCUCCUCGUCCUAGAGCCGCCAGCGAGAGCAGCUGCCCAGGGAUUCCUGGAGCUCCUGGAAUGUCGCCGCCAGCUCCCGCGGCCCGGGAGCGAAGGCCGGAGCCGGGACACGGGCACAGCCCGGGCGGUGACAGGUGACAUUCCCGGAGGGACUCUCUGCCUCCCUUGGACCAGGAAGGGACGACGGAAGAGACUCAGACUUCCUUCUUUAUUUUAUUUUAUUUUAUUUUAUUAUUUUAUUUUCUCCCCCUCGCUUUCAGUUUUCCCUUCUCCUGCCCCGUAUUCCCGAGGACUGUUGGAUGCUGUGAUCCCACCCCCGCCCUCCAGGCACUGCCGGGAGCAUUCCCGGCUCUGUCCCAGCCCAGGGGAGCAAUUCCUGGCUUCCCCGAGGAGCAUCCGUGCUGGAGCCUCCCCUCCAGCCCCUCUCCAGCGCCCCUGCCCCGGGAUGGGACCGGACCGAGAGCGCCAGGACGUUUUGUGGGGUAUUUUUAUAGCAAGGAACCUCAAUAAAAAGUGACAACGGCG